UUGUGUUUCAACUACACAUAGGAAAGAAGUUGCAUCUGUUCAUGCUGUGUCCUAGAAGGCCAUCUCCUGGCCAAAAGGUGGUAUUAAUAAAAAAAAAAAAAAAAAAAAAAUCAUCAUUGCUGUAAUAUUGCAACCAAGUGAAGCAUGGCAGUAUAAGAAUAUUUAACACUGUUCUUUUUCAGGAAUUGAGCAUUAAUUACAGUGGACCAGUAAGGGAGAGGAGAAGUGAAAUUCAGAAGGGUAAUCUCCAACCCACAGACACCCAUAUUUGUAUUAUUGAGGCCUUGUCUUUAUGAAUGUGCUUGUGCUAGUAAAAUGAUUAACAGUACCGAAUUGUCUUGUAUUGAAAAAUACUUCCACAAAAUCAAAGUGAUAGAGUGGCUCUUUGUCAUAUCAUAAAAUACAACAUUGAAGUGGAAAGGGUGAGGUUAUUUCUGCAGCGGAGGUUUCCUUUGGGGAACGUAUGAUUUACGAGCGUAGAAUACACUGAAGGCUGAACUUUAGAAGACCAUUGUAAACCAGAUACCAGGAACGACAUUUCAGAGAAAGCAUUCUCAAUCGGGACCCCCAUCGGGUGUCAAACAAAUACAUAUAGGACUAUUGCGUUUUUUUCAUUUUUUUUUUUUUUUUUUUAAAUAUAUGUAUCAGUGCCCUGGCGCUUUGUAACGUUGCCUGAUGUUAAGAAUAAUGCAUGUAAAUAAGGGUACAAAAAAAAAAUCUGCAUAAAGGUGCAUUACUUAAACUGUCCUGUCUUGCUAAUUGAAAUGACUGGAUUACAUUUAAUAACUUCUUAAACAUAUACUAAAUAACUACAAGUGGUUGUGACAUGUUAUGAAGUGUUUUUUAUGUUUGUUGUUUAAUUGUAUGAACUUCUGAUUGUCAUUCAGAGGUUUAGUGGAAAUCCACGCUGGAAUUAUAUCAAAUUUAUGGCUGUGCUAUAGUCAUUCUAAAGUCAUAUAACAAUGCAAUAAGCUUUGAUUAAAUGCAGGAUCUGCAGCCUAAGCAUAACAUGUGUUGUACUUUUUUUUUUUUUUUUUAAUUCGUGCUUUUCAUAAAUCUAUAGGCUUUUUGUUAGGGAAAGGCAGUCAUUAAGAGCUUUUGAUUAGUAUCGCAUACGUGUUCAGCUUUAACAUAAUAUCAAGCCUAGAGAUUGUGUAUUGCUUUGACCGUCAGAUUCAGGAUGUCUUCACAGCCAACAGACUGGAAAGGAAUAUUUAUAUUUCUCAGGGAAAGACUGCUCAUAUUCACUAGAUUCUACUCGAAUUUGCACAUGUUGGAAAGCAGGCUGGUUUAGUAAGUACUGUAUAGUGAAAGAUUGGCGCGUCAUCGGUUAACUCGAUGCAGUGUAAUUCUGAAACCUUGUUGCUGUGUGUAACCGUAAUUUGGUUAAAACAAAAUCUUUAUUCGCCUGUUUUUCCCUUUUUAUCCUAAUAAAUACCUCUCUCGUUCUCUCUCUCUCUCUCUCUAUUUGAACGUCUAUUUCCUUAAUAUACCCUAGAUACCUGAAAACAAACUAUUCUUCAUGUUUAAAACUGCCGUCUAUAGCGGUAUGCCAUUUGAGAUCAACCCCGACGAGGGCGGGGAAUAACAAGCGGGUCAAAGUUUCUCAGAAAAAGAGGUGGCGGAAAAAUAAGCACGUAAGUUAAUAAAACUGCAAUUUUUAAGAGGGCAGUGUGGUAGAAGAUGGCCAGGUAUCUGAAGCACUUCACGGCGGUGGGUGAUGAUCACCACAGCUUCAACAAGUGGCAAGAAGAGGAGUUCGACGGGGAGGAAGAGGAACCGUCGCCACACAGCCUCACCUUCCGCGACUCUCUGAGAAAACUCUUCAGCUCGCACAAGUUCCAGGUGUCUGUGGUGUGUCUGGUGAUUCUGGAUGCUGUCUUCGUGCUGUGCGAGUUGCUGCUGGACCUAGCCAUCAUUAAGCAAGAUGAGCACAAGAUAUCAUCGCAGGUGUUCCACUACCUGAGUUUAGCUCUGCUCACCUUCUUCAUGGUGGAACUGUUUGGGAAGCUGUUUGCAUACCAGCUGGAGUUCUUCCACCACAAGUUUGAAGUGUUUGACGGCAUCGUGGUGAUCGUGUCCUUCGUCCUGGACAUUGUGUACAUCUCCCACGAGGAUGCCUUCAAUGGAAUGGGCCUGCUCAUCCUGCUGAGGCUGUGGAGGGUGGCCAGGAUCGUCAACGGAAUUAUUGUAUCCGUGAAGACUCAGGCACAUCGUAAGGUAGAAACGCUAAGAGUGGCAAAUGAAGAGCUUUCAAAACAAGUCAACGACCUCCAGCAUCAUAAAGCACACACGGAGAGUGAAAACCAGAGAUUGCGCACUCUAUUACAGCAGAACGGGGUUCAGUUCUAGAUGAAUCCACGAGUGCUUCAGAGUUCUCAGAAAGAGUGAAGACAAUUAAAUCAGAAUCUGUCUUUUUGUACUUUGAGGAAUAACUUACACAGUGAACUCUAGGGAUUUCUUAAACUGCUUGCAAUGUCAAGUAUCCCUCUAAUUCUACAAUCUUUUACAAAUGUAUUGAGGUCACUUUUUUUUAAAUAGUUCUGCACCAAAUAAUACAUAUUCUGAGGGUUUUGCAGAAGUGUUUUUUCUUUUUUUUUUUUUUUUGCAAUGCGGCUGACGCCAACACAUUCCAUUUUCGUUAAGGAUUUAAUACUUCAAAUACAUGCAGAAAUACAGCGCACCUUAUUGAAAGCAUGAGAAAUACUGUAUGGUGUUAAAGUUCAUAAGCUAGUAUUUUGAGGUUGAAACUGUAGGAUGAAACGGGACCAUUUAUGUGAAUGUUAAACUUGACAAUUUAAGAUACUAUUCUUGCCUUGAGUUUUCUUACUGUUGCAGUCCGGAAUCAAUUUGUUUUUGUUGCUGGACUGUAGUGCUGUGGUUAGGUUGAAAAAGGGAAUUUGGGCGUACGCUCUGUGUAAAUGUACCUGGCACUGCCUCUGCUUAGCAUGUUGCUGUGAAUAUUCAGUGAUGUGUGAAGCUGUAUUAUGAGGUUCAAGAGCAUCUUGAUAUGUUUCUGAAAUAUCAAGGGUUCUCUUAACUAAUGCGUUCUUGUUGAUAAGAUUCACUUCGUAUCACAUUUCUAAAGAACCUCUGUGAUCUCACUAGAGCUCAGAAUCAUGUCUGACCUCGUAGUAUAACCAGUAAUCUGCUCCUUGGCAAUACUCUGCCCCCUAGUGAUGCCAGAACGCAUUGGUUAAGGUACGCUAUCUCACUUCUCUUUGAGUGUAAGUGUGUAAAGCAGCACUGUAGAUAGUAUUAACAAUGCAGUGUAUUAUUCAGUGUUGUGGAGUGCAAUACCACUGUAUCAGAAUGUCAUGUUCACAGUCUUGUUCAUGCCUGUCUGUAGUUAAACAUGUUUCAUGUUUAUAUCCUUUUUUAUUAUUCGUUUGUCUUGUUAGGCCUAAGAAGAAAUUCUCUGUUGUGUUUUACAUUAUAUACACACUUGUAUUACAAAUAAAUAGUUCAACACAAUA